GGAAGGACCAUGGCGUGGAGACAGCUGAAAAAGCGAGCCCAGGAUGCCCUGGUCAUCCUGGGGGGCGGAGGACUUCUCUUUGCCUCCUACCUGACGGCCACCGGGGAUGAGCGUUUCUAUGCUGAACACUUGAUGCCGACUCUGCAGGGGCUGCUGGACCCUGAGUCAGCCCACAGGUUGGCUGUUCGUGUCACCUCCUUGGGGCUCCUUCCUCGUGCCACGUUUCAAGACUCUGACAUGCUGGAAGUGCGAGUCCUGGGCUGUAAGUUCCGAAAUCCGGUAGGAAUUGCUGCAGGAUUUGACAAGCAUGGGGAGGCUGUGGAUGGACUUUACAAGAUGGGCUUUGGUUUUGUUGAGAUAGGCAGUGUGACCCCGAAACCUCAGGAAGGAAACCCCAGGCCCAGAGUCUUCCGCCUCCCUGAGGACCAAGCUGUCAUUAACAGAUACGGAUUUAACAGUCACGGGCUGUCAGUGGUGGAACACAGGCUACGGGCCAGACAGCAGACGCAGGCCAGGCUCACAGAAGGUGGGCUGCCACUGGGAAUAAACCUGGGGAAGAAUAAGACGUCGGUGGACGCUGCCUCGGACUAUGCUGAGGGGGUUCGAGUCCUGGGCCCCUUGGCUGACUACCUGGUAGUGAAUGUGUCCAGUCCCAACACCCCAGGGCUGCGGAGCCUUCAGGGAAAGGCUGAGCUGCGCCACCUGCUGACCAAGGUAAUACAGGAGAGGGAUACCCUGAAGGGACCGCACAAGCCGGCCCUGCUGGUGAAGAUCGCGCCCGACCUCACAGCCCAGGACAAGGAGGAUAUUGCCAGUGUGGUGAGAGAGUUGGGCAUUGAUGGACUGAUUGUCACAAACACCACUGUGAGUCGCCCUACUGGCCUUCAGGGUGCUCUGCGCUCUGAAACAGGAGGGCUGAGUGGGAAGCCCCUCCGGGACUUAUCGACGCAAACCAUCCGGGAGAUGUAUGCACUCACCCAAGGCAGAGUUCCCAUCAUCGGGGUUGGCGGUAUCAGCAGUGGGCAGGAUGCGCUGGAGAAGAUCCGGGCUGGGGCCUGCCUGGUGCAGCUGUACACGGCCCUCACCUACUGGGGGCCGCCUGUGGUGGGCAGAGUGAAGCGGGAGCUGGAGAUCCUUUUGAAGGAGCAAGGUUUUACCAGAGUCACAGAUGCCAUUGGUGCAGAUCAUCGGAGGUGAGGACGUUGUCGGCAGGAAGCCUGAUCUGGAACCUUCCCACUGAAUCAGGCAAGCCUUUGUGGCUGAUCAGGAGAGGAAGGACUCUGUCUCAAGCCACAUCCCACAAACUACAAGAGCCCUUUCUCUGAGGCCAGUCUGGACUGCAAAAGUCACUUGUGAGGGUCACCACAAUCAACACGAGGCUUUCUUCAAUCACUUUCCAGACCAUGAACUGCAUUUGGGAGUUUUUCCAGACUCAAAUACCAGGAUUCUUCAACAUUGCAAGGACAUUAGUUAUUUGGGGGGGAAAAAAUCAUGGAAAAAAUAAAGCCAUUUAUAAUCUGGGUAAAUCCCAG